AUUAAGUGACGUGCCGAUCAUGUUCAGACUGUCAUGUCCGGUGUAUUAUUAAAACAAGGAAAUGAUCACACGUUGAGGAACAGGGCAGUGUGGAGAUGUGACGCCAUGUCGGGGUACGCCUGACAAGAACGAGCCAACCCUAAGGUCAAGGUCAUGAUAUACCGUCAAUGUCACGAUGAAGGUCAGACAGUUGCUGGUGAGAAUGACAUGCGCACUGGUCCUGUUUUCCACCGGACUUCCGAUUCUCUGGCUCAUGCGCGGUCUGCCCCAAUCCCACAUGGUCAUCGCAGGGGGCAACAUUGGGAAUCUGACCGACAGCAGCAAUGAAACUUUGAAUGAUCCAUCCCCGUCAAGGACAAUAUUGACCAGUACAGUCUCCGUCUCGCUUACUGGGAAUGUGUCACCCAAGGUUGUGGUGCUGGCCGGUGUCGGUCGUCUUGGCAACAAGAUGUUCCAGUAUGCUGCAUUGAUGGGCUUGGCGCAUCGGCAUGGUUUUACGCCGUAUGUGUUUCAGAACGAGAACCUGGCGAAAACAUUCGAGCUGUCGCACAUAUCGCAAACCCAAUACACAAACCUGCCGGUGUAUUUUGAGAAGGCAGCUGCUUCCUACGACCCUUGCGUCGAGACAAUGCGAAGAGACUUGAGCUGGAGGCUCGGUGGGUAUUACCAGUCGUGGCGAUACUUUGCAGACGUCGUCGACAUCGUGAGAAAAGAGUUUACGUUCAAGGAGAACAUUCGCACACCUGUCAGAGACUAUUUUGCUCAACUCGAGGCUAAAGGUAAAGGUCGUCCAAAGGUCGGAGUUCACAUCCGGCGUGGUGACAUGGGAGUUCCUGUAUCUGCCAAAAGGGGUUAUACCGUUGCCCCCGCGACGUAUUUCAAAAAGGCAAUGGCGUAUUUUAGAAGCAAGUUGAAAGACCCUUUAUUCAUUGUGUGUUCUGAUGAUAUAAAUUGGGGUAGGACUCAGUUUGGGAAGGAAAAGGACGUGGAGUUUCUUCAUAAGAAUGAAAACGUCGACCUGGCGACGCUGAGUAGCUGCAACCACAGCAUCAUCUCCACGGGGACCUACGGGUGGUGGGGGGCGUGGCUGGCCGGAGGGGAGACGAUCUAUUACAAGAACUUUCCGAAAAAUGGCACGUGGUUGGCAACUCAGUAUGUAGCCUCUGAUUACUUCCCUCCGUCCUGGAUCGGGAUGGAGUGAGUGAGUGAGUGAGUGAGUGAGCGAGCGUGGGGUGUUGGUGCGUGAGUGGUUGAGUGGUUGAGUGAGUCUGUCAGUCAGUUUUGGUGAAUGAGUCAGAGUGGGUGAAGACUGCCUCCGUGGUCUAGUGGUGGAGCGUCCGCCUGGAGAGCGUCAUACCAAAAGACGUUAAAAGAUGGUACUUGUUGUUACCCUGUCUGGCGCUCGGCAUUAAGGGGCUAAAACAAGGACU